AUGCAAUUAGAAAUUUAUAAAGAUAGAACAUCAUCAAAUGAAAAUACUCAGUAAAAUAAAGCUAUAGAAACAUUACAAUCUCUGUUACAAUAUAUAAAUGAUCUAACAGAUAUUGUUAAUGAAAUUAAACUUAAGAAUUAAGCAGAGUUUAUUAUUGCAUAUUAAAAUCAUAUGUAAAAAAUUAAAGCUGAAUUGAAAGAAUUAAAAAAUAAAACAGAAGAAUAAUAAAAUAAUCUUGUAUUAAAUAAACUUAAAAUAACUUCAAAUGAAAAUUAAUUGGUAUAUUUUUAAAUACCAUUUUCUAAUAGACAUUAUUUAGAGAAGAAUGCCUUAAAUUAUAUGAAAAAAUUGAAUAAAAAAAUAAAGAGAAUUAAGAACUCAAAUUCUCAUUAGAAGAAUAAAAAAAAACAAAUGAAUUUCUUGAAUAAUAAAUUAAAGGUUUAAUGAAGAAACUCAAAUAUUAAGAAAUUGAAAAAGAACAAAAACCUACACCUUUAUUAGAAUAGACCUUUUGUACAACUACACAUACAAAUCAUUUUAGUAAUGCUUUAUUUAUUCUAUUUAAUAGAGUAUCCCAAAAGAAAAUUAACAGAAUAUAAUACAAAACUAGAUUUAUCUUCAUCUUUAUCUAAAUUUCAUUAUUCUACAAUUAAAGAUAUGUUUUCUAGUGAAGAAUAUAAUAAUAAUUCAAAGUAUGAUGAAUUAAUUGAAAAGAUAUCUAAGUAUUUUGAUUUAAAAUAUUAUUAAGUUAUGUUACUUAAAUUGAAUAAAAGUAUUAAAAAUAAAUACAAGCUUUGAAUCAAAAAGUUCAUAAUUUAUUAAUCUCUCAAAAUAAGAAAAGUGUUAUUAGAAGUGAUCUUGAAACUUUCUUUUUAGAUUGUGUAGAAACUGUUCGAAGAGAUAUUCUAAAAAAAAAACUACCUUUUGGAAAUAAUUAAUGGUAAUAGAAUUAAAUUGAAAUGAUUUCAGACUAUUCUUAAUUCCAUAAAGAAGAUAAAUUAAAAAUACUAUAACUUGUAGUAAGUAAUGAAAAAAUCUUAGUUUUCUUAUAUUAAAAAUUAUUUCCAAAUCAUGUUAAUUUAGUCAUAAAAUCAAUACGUGAAGACAUUAAUAUAAAUAACUUUUUAGAACAAAGCGUUAAAUGUGAUUUAUCAAAUAAUCAUCAAUAAUCUGGUGAUUAUAAAAUAGAUGUUCCAAAAACAACUAGAGAAGUUCGAUCAGCAUCUAUGAGCAAAUAAUUAGAAGUAAGAAGAGGAAAAUUAUUAUUUAAAUAAUAUUGA